CGGCGAGCAGCGCCAUGUCGAAAGUGAUCCAGAAGAAGAACCACUGGACGACCAAGGUGCACCAGUGCGCGGUGAGCCGCGGGGCUCAGGGCCAGCUGGGGGUCACCAUCCUGGGGGGAGCGGAAUAUGGAGAGUUUCCUUACGUCGGGGCGACGGCCGAGGAGGACGGCGGCGGAGGCGACGGGAAGCUGGGCGAAGGGGAGCUCUUGUUGGAGGUGCAGGGCAUCCGGGUGUCGGGCUUGCCCCGCUACGACGUGCUGGGAGUUAUCCGCAGCUGCAAGGACCCCGUGCUUUUCAAAGCCGUCAGACAAGGAAGUCGUCUGAACAAAGAUCUGAGACAUUAUCUCAACCAGAGGUUUCAGAAAGGAUCUCCAGAUCACGAGCUGCAACAGACUAUUAGAGAUAACCUUUAUCGCCACGCUGUGCCUUGCACAACACGUCCUCCACGAGAAGGAGAAGUGCCUGGUGUGGACUAUAACUUUCUGACUGUGCAGGAGUUUCUUGAGCUUGAAAAAAGCGGGACUCUUCUUGAAGUGGGAACCUAUGAAGGUAACUACUAUGGAACACCCAAGCCUCCCAGCCAACCCCUCAGUGGGAAAGUGAAUAAUACUGAUGCUUUGCAAAACCUCCAGUCCGGCUCCAAGCAGUCGACCCCCAAGCGAACCAAGUCUUACAAUGAUAUGCAAAAUGCUGGCAUAGUGCAUACGGAGAAUGAAGAGGAAGAUGAUGUCCCUGAAAUGAACAGUAGCUUUACAGCAGACUCUGGUGAACAAGACGAGCACAAUACACACAGCACAAGAGAUUCGGCUCCCCCAUCUGUGAAUAAUAGCAGCAUCACCACUGUUCCCACCACGGAACCUUCUCAGAAGCUCCCUCAAUACCUACCUCCUUGUGCAGAGGAAAACUUGGGUCCUCUGCCUGAAAACUGGGAGAUGGCCUAUACAGAAAAUGGAGAAGUCUACUUUAUAGACCAUAACACUAAAACGACGUCUUGGCUAGACCCACGGUGCCUGAACAAACAGCAAAAGCCUCUAGAAGAAUGUGAAGAUGACGAAGGGGUACACACGGAGGAACUGGACAGUGAACUAGAACUACCUACUGGUUGGGAAAAGAUUGAAGAUCCUGUAUAUGGUGUCUACUAUGUAGAGACUGGAGUCCAGAUGGACAUGAGGGUAAACUUUGCAUUGGGCUCAAGCCACAUCAACCGGAAAACACAAUAUGAAAACCCAGUUCUGGAAGCUAAACGGAAGAAACAGCUUGAGCAACAGCAGCAGCAACCACCACAACCACCAGAAGAAUGGACAGCGGAGCACCCGCCACUUGCCCCUCCUGCUGUUCCAAACCACACUCCCAACAACCAGGAGACAGUUCGAGAUGCUCCAGUACAAACAGGAAAGCCGUUUUUCACACGGAACCCAUCUGAACUGAAAGGAAAGUUCAUUCACACCAAACUGAGGAAAAGCAGCAGGGGUUUCGGUUUCACCGUUGUCGGCGGGGAUGAACCGGAUGAAUUUCUUCAGAUAAAGAGUUUGGUGCUUGAUGGGCCUGCAGCCCUGGAUGGCAAAAUGGAAACAGGAGACGUUAUCGUCAGCGUGAAUGACACGUGUGUGCUGGGCCAUACGCACGCUCAAGUUGUCAAAAUCUUCCAGUCGAUCCCCAUCGGCGCCAGCGUGGAUCUAGAACUCUGCCGAGGCUAUCCUCUGCCUUUCGACCCCGACGAUCCCAACACGAGCCUAGUGACCUCUGUGGCCAUCUUGGAUAAAGAACCGAUCAUUGUGAACGGGCAGGAGAACUAUGACUCCCCUGCGAGUCACGGCAGCAAAACGGGGAAAGUAAAUGGGAUGAAGGAGCCCAGGCCCAGCAGCCCGGCUGAGGUUUCCUCGAACGGAUCCCACGGCUACCCCAAUGACACCGUCUCUUUGGCUUCUUCUAUAGCGACGCAACCUGAACUCAUAACUGUACAUAUAAUCAAAGGGCCCAUGGGCUUUGGCUUCACUAUAGCAGACAGUCCCGGGGGUGGGGGACAGAGAGUGAAGCAAAUCGUUGACAGCCCAAGGUGCCGAGGCCUAAAAGAAGGGGAUCUUAUAGUGGAAGUCAGUAAGAAGAAUGUCCAGAAUCUAACUCACAACCAAGUGGUGGAUAUGCUUAUCGAAUGCCCAAAAGGAAGCGAGGUGACACUGCUUGUACAGCGAGGAGGACUGCCAGCCCCUAAGAAGAGCCCAAAGUCGCAACCACUUGAAAGGAAAGACAGCCAAAACAGCUCUCAGCACAGCGUCUCCAGCCACCACAGCACCCACACCGCUUCACCUGUCCGCAGCACCCAGGUGCUUCCCGACUACCCUGCCACCGAAGCACCAGCUGCGGAGCAGCCAGACAACGCUGGGCAGAAGAAGCCAGAUCCAUUCAAAAUCUGGGCCCAGUCCAGGAGCAUGUAUGAAAGCCGACCUAUGUCACCUUCGCCUGCGACUGGACUGAGCAAGGGUGAAAGAGAGAGAGAAAUCAAUUCCACGAAUUUUGGAGAAUUUCCAGAUUAUCAAGAGCAGGAUAUUUUUCUAUGGAGGAAAGAGACUGGAUUUGGAUUUAGGAUUCUUGGUGGAAAUGAGCCUGGAGAACCUAUUUACAUUGGUCACAUUGUGCCACUGGGUGCUGCAGAUGCCGAUGGCCGCCUGCGAUCUGGGGACGAAUUGAUCUGCGUGGAUGGGACCCCUGUUGUCGGGAAAUCUCACCAGCUUGUAGUUCAGCUUAUGCAACAGGCCGCCAAGCAAGGCCAUGUCAAUCUGACUGUCAGGCGCAAAGUGGUUUACACAGUUCCGAAAGCAGAGAACGAGGUCCCCUCCCCAGCCUCCUCUCACCACAGCAGCAACCAGCCUGCUUCUCUGACAGAGGAGAAGCGCACUCCGCAGGGGAGCCAGAACUCGCUCAACACCGUCAGUUCCGGCAGCGGCAGCACCAGCGGAAUCGGCAGCGGAGGAGGCGGGGGCAGCGGUGUGGUCAGCACUGUGGUGCAGCCCUACGAUGUGGAAAUACGCCGCGGUGAGAAUGAAGGCUUUGGCUUUGUCAUCGUGUCUUCCGUUAGCCGGCCAGAAGCUGGAACGACGUUCGCGGGCAAUGCAUGUGUGGCCAUGCCUCACAAAAUAGGUCGAAUUAUUGAGGGGAGCCCAGCAGACCGCUGUGGGAAGCUGAAAGUGGGGGACCGGAUACUGGCCGUUAAUGGAUGCUCCAUCACCAACAAAUCACAUUCGGACAUCGUCAACCUAAUUAAAGAAGCGGGAAAUAUGGUUACUCUGCGCAUUAUCCCAGGGGAUGAAUCCUCCAAUGCAACCUUAUUGACCAAUGCAGAAAAAAUUGCUACAAUUACAACCACACAUACUCCUCAACAAAUGCCGCAGGAGACCAGGAACAACACAAAACCAAAGCAAGAGUCCCAAUUCGAUUUCAAACCACCCACAGCCUCACAGCCGGACCAGGAUUUUUACACAGUUGAGCUUGAAAGAGGAGCCAAAGGGUUUGGCUUUAGCCUACGAGGGGGCCGAGAAUAUAACAUGGAUCUCUAUGUGCUGCGGUUAGCGGAGGACGGUCCUGCUGAGAGAUGCGGGAAAAUGAGGAUCGGUGAUGAAAUCCUGGAGAUCAAUGGAGAAACCACAAAAAACAUGAAGCACGCCCGAGCCAUAGAACUAAUUAAAAAUGGUGGCCGCAAAGUUCGCCUGUUUCUCAAACGUGGAGAUGGCUCUGUACCAGAAUAUGACCCCAGCAGUGACAGGAACAGUCCAGCCACAGGUUCACAAAAUGUAUCGGAAGUGAAAAACAUGCCAUCUGACAGACGACAACACACAUCAUUGGAGCCCAGUUAUCCACCAGAUCUUCACAAAUCAUCACAACAUGGAGACAAGCGGAUAUAUGUUAAGGACCCAAAAGGCAGCAGAGAGUUUGGCAGACAAUCUAAUGAGCACCACACAUGGAAUGGAACUUCUAAAAACAGCAAUAGCAUAGCAGGCAGGGAAAAAGACAGGUGCCCGGAAGGCAGGAGAGACCGGCAACCGGAGAGGAUGGUGGUGAUCAAUGGACAAAAACGGAAAUCUUCCGAGAAGAGGAGGGAAGGGACCAGGAGUGCUGACAACACUUUGGAGAGAAGGGAAAGACAUGAGAAGAGGAGAGACUUUUCUCCAGAGAGACGGAGGGAGAGGUCACCAGCCCGCAGGAGGGAUGGCUCGCCAAGCAGAAGGAGGCGGUCGCUCGAAAGGCUUAUGGAUCAACGAAGGUCACCUGACAGGAAGAGGGAGAGCUCCCCCUCUGAAAGGAGGGCAAAGUCAACUGACAGGAGAAGGGAGAGGACCCCAGAACGGAGGAGAGAGAGGUCUCCUGACAAAAGGAAUAGAGAUGAUAGAGUGGGUUUCAGGGAGAAGGAAGAGCGUGCUCUAAAAUACGACACUAAUAAAAACAACAGGCACCCCCCUGAGCAAAGGCGGCGACCCUAUAAGGAAUGCAGUACUGACCUCAGUAUCUAGUGGGUUUUGCAAGAUCAAGAUACAACUGCGGCCUUUCCAGCAUUCAGAGUUCCCAAGAGCGCGAAGGUAGCAAGCUGGGAAUCCAUUUUAGUUCCCCACAUCCAAUGCCUCUGACAGCAACAGUGCAAUGAAAUCUAAAUCAUGAGAGUUUGUGCAAGUCUUGUGCCUGGUUUAUGACAACAUUAAAGUAUUUUCCAAUGUAUUCAUUAAAAAGAAAAAUGUCGCCAAAUGUUAGUCUUGAAGGAUUAUGAAAGUUGUGUUCUUCCAUAAUCAGUAACCAUAACGAGCAUAAAACCUUUCAUUGAUAA